AUAUAUGCAUAUAUAUACAGAGGGCGAGGCCUGCAGACAUAAGUUCAUAGUGGAAAACUGGAAACUAUUGUGUUGAGUUGGUUAGUAUGGAACGUGUAUAUGGUGAAAUGGAGUCGCAAUGUUCAACAGAUAAAGGUGAUGGGACUGUAGCAGGGUUUGGUAGAGGAGUGGAAGUGGUAGAUAUUAAGAAGCUUAGUGCUGAGGAGCGCCAUGUUUUGAUAGAGAAGCUUAUCAAAAACAUAGAGAAAGAUAACCUCCAGUUGUUGCAAAAGACUAGAAAAAGACUGGACAGAGUUGGUGUAAAGUUGCCCACAGUGGAGGUGAGAUACAGAAAUCUUAGCGUGGAAGCUGAAUGUGAUGUGGUUCAUGGGAAGCCUCUACCCACGUUGUGGAAUUGUCUUCUGUCCGUUCUCUGUUACCCUGCAGUAAGGCUGUUUGGUUUUAAGACACACCGAGCCAAGAUAAGCAUUAUUAACAAUGUUAGCGGCAUCAUAAAGCCUGGAAGGAUGAACCUGCUGCUUGGCCCUCCUGGAUGUGGGAAGACCUCCCUGUUGAAGGCACUUUCAGCGAAUCUAAACGGAUCUCUCAAGGUAAGCGGGGAAGUUUCUUAUAAUGGAUACAAGCUAGAAGAAUUUGUUCCACAGAAGACGUCAGCAUAUAUAAGCCAAGAUGACUUGCAUAUUCCGGAGUUGACAGUCAGGGAAACACUUGAUUUUUCUGCUCGUUGUCAGGGUUUAGGCAACCGACAAGAAUUAAUGAUGGAGGUAAGCAGAAGGGAGAAGGAAGCAGGGAUUGUUCCAGAUCCAGAUAUUGAUGCUUACAUGAAGGCUACAUGGGAAAGCCGAACCCUUCAAACGGACUACAUACUAAAACAGAUUCUUGGACUUGAUAUUUGUGCUGGUACAAUAGUUGGAGAUGCCCUUCAAAGAGGUAUCUCUGGUGGUCAGAAGAAGAGGGUGACCACAGGGGAGAUCAUUGUUGGCCCUAUAAAAACUUUGUUUAUGGACGAAAUCACCAAUGGUCUUGACAGUUCCACAGCAUUUCAAAUUGUUUCUUGUCUGCAGCAACUGGUGCAUAUCACAGACGCAACUUUGUUGGUCGCAUUGCUUCAGCCUUCACCUGAGACCUUUGAGCUUUUCGACGACAUUAUAUUGAUGGCUGAAGGAAAAAUUUUAUAUCAUGGACCACGUGACGCCGUUGUCGAAUUCUUCGAAAGCUGUGGCUUUAGAUGUCCUCAAAGGAAAGAGAUUGUAGACUUCCUUCAAGAGGUAUUAUCCAAGAAAGAUCAAGCACAAUACUGGUACAAUACUGAGUUACCCUACUCCUACAUUUCAGCCGAUGUGUUCUCCGAGAACUUUAGAGCAUCUCCUUUGAGAAAACGGAUAGAGGAGGAUCUGUCAGAGCCAUAUGAUAAAUCUCAAUGCCACAAGAAUGCUCUUUCCUUUAAUUUCUAUUCUGUUUCAAGAUGGGAAAUCUUCAGAGCUUGCAUGUCAAGAGAAGUUCUCCUCAUGAGAAGGAACAAAUAUUUGUAUAUAUUCAAAUUCACUCAGGUUGUCAUCAUUGCAAUUGUGACAAUGACUUCAUUUCUUAAGAGUGGUAUGGAUAUUGAUGCGCUUCAUGCAAAUUACUACUUGGGAGCGAUAUUUUAUGCAGUCUUGAUACUUCUUGUUGAUGAAUUUUCUGAGCUAGCCGUGACUGUUUCAAGACUCUCAAGUUUCUACAAGCAGAAAACGUUGGGGUUUUACCCAGCAUGGGCUUUUGCAAUCCCAUGUAUUAUUUUACAGAUUCCCGUUUCAUUUUUUCAGUCCCUGGUUUGGACAUCUCUUACCUAUUACGUCAUAGGAUACAGCCCUCAAGUUUGGAGGUUCUUCCGUCAGUUCCUUGUGUAUUUUACUAUGCAAGUAUCAUCGGCAUCCCUGUUUCGUUUCUUGGCAUCCGUUUGCCAAACUAUGGAUUCUUCAAUAGCAGCUGCCACUCUUAUAAUUUUCACGAAACAGAUAGUUUGUGGCUUCAUCAUUCCACAAUCAUCCAUGCCAAGCUGGUUGAGGUGGGUGUUUUGGGUUUCCCCAGCCACAUAUGCAACCAUAGGGCUCUCAGGAAAUGAAUUCCAUGCUCCAAGAUGGCAAAGGGUCCAGGAAACAAACUCUACAUUAGGCCAAGAAAUACUAAAAAGCCAUGGAUUUGACUUUGAAGAUUAUUUUUUCUGGAUUUCAAUUGCCGUAUUACUUGGUUUUGCUUUAGUGUGGAACAUUGGAUUUACUUUGGCCUUAAGUUUCUUGAAUCCCCCUGGAUCUUCUCGAGUUGUCAUUUCUCAUGAAAAGCUUUCCACACUAAGGAAAGGGGAUUCUCUCAAUGGUUCAGAUAAGGAAGAUGUGUCUAAAAAGGAAGAAUCUAGUAAAGGGAGAAUGGUAUUACCUUUCGAUUCCUCAACAUUAACAUUUCAGAAUGUCCAGUACUGUGUUGACACACCUCAGGAAAUGAGAAAAGGAGGGUAUGCCCAGAGAAAACUCAAAAUACUUUCAGAUAUCACCGGAGCAGCUAGGCCUGGUGUUCUAACAGCACUGAUGGGGGCUACUGGAGCUGGGAAAACUACUCUUCUUGAUGUUCUUGCAGGGAGAAAAACAAUAGGAUGCAUAGAAGGCGAAAUCAGAGUUAACGGUUACCCUAAGGUUCAAGAAACAUUUGUUAGGAUAUCAGGUUAUUGUGAGCAAAAUGAUGUACAUUCUCCUCAAAUCACAGUGAAGGAAUCUUUGAUUUUUUCUGCUUGGCUGCGCCUUCCUGCUUGUAUUGAUUCAAAAACUAAAACUGAAUUUGUGCAAGAAGUUAUUGAGACCAUUGAACUUGGUGGAGUCAAGGAUGCUUUAGUGGGCACACCUGGUCUUAGAGGUCUAUCAACGGAGCAACGGAAACGACUUACAAUAGCUGUGGAACUCGUUGCUAAUCCUUCUAUAAUAUUCAUGGAUGAACCUACCACAGGUUUGGCUACAAGAGCUGCCGCCAUUGUCAUGCGUGCGGUGAAGAAUGUAGCUGAUACAGGUAGAACAAUUGUUUGCACGAUCCACCAACCGAGCAAUGACAUAUUUGAAUCAUUCGAUGAGUUGAUUUUUCUAAAACAUGGUGGGAGUGUGAUCUACUAUGGGCCAAUAGGACCACAUUCAAGUAAGGUUACAGAAUAUUUUGAGAAUAUACCUGGGGUGCCCAAGAUCAAAGAUAAUUGCAACCCGGCAACAUGGAUUCUAGAGGUUGCUUCAGCUUCAGCAGAAAGAGAACUUGGGAUCGACUUUGCCGAAAUUUACAAGAAUUCUGCCUUAUAUGAGAACAACAUAGAGCUUGUAAGGCAAUUGAGUAAUCCAGCUCCAGGUCCAGGUUCAAGAGAACUGCAUUUUCCAACCCAAUUUGCUCAAAACUACUGGGGACAGAUCAAAAGUUGCCUAUGGAAACUCCAUUUAUCUUAUUGGAGAACUCCUUCCUAUAACUUGAUGCGUUUCUUUUUCACUAUCUCAGUCUCUUUGAUCUUGGGCCUACUGUUCUGGAACCAAGGAACGAAAAUAAACAACCAACAGAGUUUAUUCAACAUUUUUGGUUCAAUGUAUGGUGCUGUGAUAUUCCUCGGAUGCAACAGUGGUUCAGCUGUUCAACCAUUUGUGGCAACUGAGAGAAUCAUUAUGUAUCGAGAAAGAUUCGCAGGGAUGUACUGUUCCUGGUGUUAUACCCUUGCACAGGUGUUGAUUGAGAUACCAUAUCUAUUUACACAAGCUGUAGUGUUUGUGAUACUCACAUAUAGUAUGAUAGGGUACAAUGUGACAACAUAUAAGGUGUUUUGGUACUUUUAUGCCAUCUUCUCUACACUGCUGGGCUUCAACUAUUUAGGGAUGCUUCUUGUCGCUUUGACACCCAAUGUCGCAAUAGCUGGAGCUUUAACCUCUUUUUUCUAUCCAUUGUUUAAUCUUUUCUCUGGGUUUUUGCUUCCCAAACCGAAAAUACCUGGCUGGUGGAUCUGGAUGUAUUAUUUAGUGCCCACAUCUUGGACUUUGGAUGUGUUGCUGACUUCACAAUUUGGAGAUGUAAAUGAUGAAAUUGUGGUAUAUACUCAAACUACAACAAUAGCUAAACUGCUAGACCAAUAUUUUGGGUUUGGCAAUCAUCACAUUAUGCUUUCCGCAGUUGUUCUCUCUUCUUAUCCCUUAAUUUAUUCAUCACUUUUUGUAUUUUUUAUCAAGCGUCUCAACUUUGAGCGAAGAUGAAUUAUUUUCUCCUAAUUUGUCGUAAGAAAUUAACAUGUAAGGAUUUUCUCAAUAAGUUAGAAUUCUUUGUUUUA